GGUGCAGCACGAAUAUCUCUCCCUCGGAAACAAAAGCUUUAUAGAAUAGUUGAUUCACCAGGAAGUAAGACUUUCAAAAAAAAAAAAAAAAAAACACACACCCAUCCUCCUCCUCCUCUCGUGUGCUGUGGACUACUCCGUUGGUUGGACAUGGCUUCUCGGAGAAGAGGCGCGAAUACCGGCAUUUCCUCACCUGGAGCGACCAGUUCAUACUCUCUUAGGGAUCGCACAAGGGGCAAAGGUGACGUUUCUGCGCUUUCUCGUUUGGCAAUCAAGAAUGCUGGUAAAGAAACAAAAGAUCAACCAGUAGAAGAGAAGAAUGUGAAGAAUAAAUCCAGAAGAGAGACAUCCAGAAGAGCCCCCAAACCUGUCGAACCUGACAGCGACAACGACUCUGAAGAUGGUUCUGAAAACAGUGAUAAUAGUCGGGGAGGAUUAUCUAAUAAUGGCCGACAAUCGAAAUUUACUCCAACCAAAGCGUCUUCUGGAAGCAGUGCAAAUCGGCAACCAUCCGAACCUAGACCUUUCACCAACUAUACUGCUGAUGAGAACCUCGUCCGCCCUCGCAUUAGGCCUUCUCAUGACAGUGCAAAGAAGCAGCCAUCUCAGGCUAGACAAGUCACGGAGGACACAGAGGAUGUUGAAGAAAAGAGACAUUACUACAAAGGAGAACCCUGGAGAGGUACUACGAACACGCAGCCUUUCCGCUCUAGUUCUGAAGAUCGCAGAGAAGAGUUCACCCGUCACCACCAUCAACCAAAAGUAAAUACGGAGACGCAGCCUGCCUUGCCUAGCAAGCUCAUUGGCUUUUCUGAUGAUGAAGAAAAACCAGCAACUCGCCCUCAACGGAAAGCGGAUCCAUUCAUUGAGAGAACCCAAUAUAAAGAAAUGUUAGAAACAUGGAGAUCUCCUGAUCGCAGAGAAGAGUUUGGCACCCGUCACCACCAUCAACCAAAAGUAAAUACGGAGACACAGCCUGCCUUGCCUAGCAAGCUCAUGGGCUUUUCUGAUGAUGAAGAAAAACCAGCAACUCGCCCUCAACGGAAAGCGGUAUCUUUUCCUAUACAAAAUAGGAUGAACCACAAUCCAAAAAAAGACGUUGAACAAAAAGGAAACCUUUCAAGGAAACCUCGAACUCAUUUCUCCAGAUAUUUUGCAGCAUGUAUGAAAUAUUUUGUUCCGGCUCUCCUCCUCGUCCUGGCUGUGGGCGUAGCGGCUGUGCUUUACAUAUCACCAGAGUCAGUCCAUAAGUUCACAGAUCAGUUUCUAGAUGCACCAGAAGUCCAAAAAGAUCUGAAGGAUGACUUUGAGAACCUUACCAGCGUUUUCACCAACCAAUCUCCGCUGAUGUGGAAAAGAAGUAGAGUCAUUUUGGAGCGUCACCUGGAAAACUGGAAGAAAAAUACAGAGCCCGCUAUCCUCCUCCUCACUGGUGCCAGGGAUGCAGAACAGACUCUGCUCUGUAUUGGCACCCAGCUAGCAGAUAUCUAUUCCUCCUCCCUUGGUGGCAACUACACAGUGAUUUCAGGAUCAAACUGGGCGUCUGAAAGCAGCGAGGUGGUUAAAGCACACAUUGAUGAUCAUCUGAGCGCCCAUUUCCAAGCCAAGACCAGUGCAGCCAUUCUGCAUCGCUUAGAGCUUCUGCCGUCUGGGUCGCUGCUGAUUCUCUACAAGUACUGUGACCAUGAAUCGGCCGUCUUCAAAAACGUGAUGCUGCUGUUCACGGUGCUCUUGGAUGAGGCAACUCUGGCAAAGGACAUUCCACUUAAUGAUCUGGAAGAGACCGUGAGAGAGUUUUUAAUCGACAAACUAAUUGGCCCAGAGACCGAGAACGCGGCCUCCCAUGAUUGGAUGGAUCGCGACAAGUUUAGUGGAGUCUGGAGCCGCAUAUCGCACGUAGUGCUUCCUGUUUUCCCUGAAGAGACUAUCCCGGAGCAGUGUGUGAAGAAACCAAUCUGAAGCAUGGAGUCCAAGGGAAUAGCAUUGGAUACCCCACCCGAAUGCAUGGGCGUUGUUACCCACUUCAGUGUCCUAUGGACAAAAUAGCCUCAUGUAGGUUACAUUAAAUGGUGGAGGCAGCAUUGUAUUAUAUUGGUAUUUCCGGAUAUCAUAUACCACCAGCAUUCCAAGGACAACGCCGUUGCAAAAGAAAAAAAUAUAGAUUUGAAUCCAUUCAAUCACAGACUGUUCAGAUGAGGGGUUUUUUUCCCAACCCCAUAGACAAAUUUAAAAAAAAGUACUUGCCUACAUGGAUCCUGCUAUUCCAUUAUUUUUAUUUUUUUCCUUCUGUUGCCUCACGUCUUCUGACUCCUUUCUUCCCAUCGAAAUCACAGAAAAGAAAAACGCAACUUUUAUUAAUAUAAUUGAAAGGAUCAAAAGGUGACCGUCCCUAAUACAUCUCUAAAAAACGGAUUCCUUCCUAGGGAGCGGAUUAGCCGCCCUGACAAGAGCGAUCCCACUGUCUUCAAAGCUGUCCCUAGCUCACCCUAAUCUGUUAGAGGACAAAGCGGACGAAGGACAGAUAUACAGUGGGGUCAACAAUCUUGUACCAGUUAUGUGGCCUCCAUCGUAAACCACAAGCCACGCCAUGAAGAGAUGCAGAGAAUCCUCCUGUAAUGUAAUACUAGCCAAAAAUUAAACAAGUGUACCGAUGUAAAUACAUCAUCAUAGGCCCUACGCGUUUCUCCCCCACGUACUCAACCAUAGGUUUCAUCAGGAGCAAAAUCACUGAAAAGCUGUCUAGUUACUGCCAUGAUGUGAAUGAUUUGAUAACUUAUGUACCGUGUUCACAUUAUAGGGUAUUUCUGUGGAGCGACUUGCUCUAGUACCUUUAGAGGUGUAUUCUCAUCAUAAACAUUCAUGACCUAUUGACUAGAUAUGUUAGCAAGGUCUGACCUCUGGGGUGGCCUACAACUAAGGGGUACUAAAAAAAUAUUGUUCCAAUAAUGCAACACAGACCAUUAUCUUGAACCCAUUUUCUCCAGGCUCGGUGCGGGCCAGCCAUCGUUCUUUAGGCUUCAUGCACACGACCGUAUCCAUAUUUCAGUCCUGAAAAUAGAGAUCGCUUCUGCAUGCAUUCUGCAUUCUUCCCAUUCCAAUCAAUUGAAAUAUGGAAUAGAAAUGGCUGUUUUCUCCCUCAAUAUAAUAUAAAUUCCGGAACGGCCAUACAAAUCCGCCCCAAAAAAUUGGAUGGCCCUAUAAAAAUAAAUGGGUCCGUGUGCUACCCUAAAAAAAAAUGCAGAUGGCACACGGAGGAUAGAGUCUUGUGCAUGAGGCAUUAUUCUGGAGAAAACGUCUUGUCAGUGUGGAUAGUCAACAUUAUUUUGUGUCAGUCUAUGAUCCCCAUACAAAAACAGCAAGUUAUGACUACACUUAGUUUUU